AUGCCAACUACUUUUCAUAACAAAUAUGCAAUUGUCACCGGAGGUUCCAGAGGCAUCGGAGCUUCAAUUGCACUAUUGCUAGCAGAGCGAGGCGCCCGAGGAGUAUUGGUCAUUACAUAUUCUGGUAAUGAAGAUGCGGCAAAAGACACUGUAACCAAGAUCAAAGCCAAUAGAGCAGACGCGAUUGCGAUACGUGCUAAUAUUUUGGACGCCGAUGUUGGAGAGACCAUAGUGGAUGAGGCUCUCGCAGGAUUGAAAACCAACGCAAUACACAUUCUUAUCAACAAUGCUGCUCUUGCCACUUCAGAACAUCUGCUUCCCAUUCUCCAUACCACCAUCGAGAAUUUUGAUAACCUUUUCCGCGCAAAUGUACGGGCGCCAAUUUUUACAACACGCGCAGUGCUUCCUUAUAUGCCCGCAAAAGGUGGCAGAAUUAUCAAUGUGAGCUCUGUAACAGCCAAACAAGCUGCUGAUGAGCCGGGGAUACUGUAUGGCGCUAGUAAAGCAGCAUUAAACAGCAUUACUCGAUCUAUGGCAAGCGCUCUGGCUGCAGAGAAAAGCCUUACGAUCAAUUCGAUAAGCGUCGGGCCUACUAAAACUCCUGCCAUGGAAGACGCUUUAGCUAAUCUUCCAAGGGAAUAUAUGGAAGGGUUAAAAAAUUAUGCCACUGCCGAAAAACGACUGGCAGAGCCGGAAGAGAUUGCAGCAAUCGUGGCUUUCGUAGCUAGCGAAGAAGCUCGUUGGAUGAAUGGAGCUGGUGUUCCUGCCAACGGAGGGGCGAUCUUGCUGGCUGAGGGCUGA